UGCGAAUUGUGAUCUGACGGUAUCAGUUAUUUUUUCCAUUGCAACUCGACGCGCUGUAUGUUUAGAGCCGAUGCAACGACAGACUGCUGCGCAUGCGCGCUUGACAGCCAACAGUUGGGCAUGCUUUGCCGAGUGGAAUGCACGUUAGCCGGCUGCCUGAACGAGAACCUCAAAAUCGAGUCUGCGUCUAGUGUGUGUGUGAAUGUGCCAAGUGAAAAUGCGUGCAAAGCAACGCGGCGGCUUAUAAAGAAGAAGAAAGUGACUAACUGUCAGACCAUAGCUGCGCUAAAGCCCAACAUGACGUUAGCGUUGUAUGUGAAUCGACGGCCCGGCAUAUGGCAGCCCAUCGUUUGGCCCUUGACCUUGCUGUGUUUUUGUUUUAUAAUCGCGAAUUCGCAGGUAAAUGGGCUAAACUACGUUGACGACAUGACCGCAGAGUCGGGUACGGAGGUCAUGGCACGGGCGUUGGGUCUUUACGGUGCGCGCGAGCCACGUUUCGGUGAUCGUUUACUACCGCUGCGCAAAAAGACAGGCGCGAUCGUGAAUGUGGCAUCGGGCAGCCAAAGGCAGGCCGGCAAUAGCCUCUUAAGUAAAAGUAAUUAUGUGGUUAGUUACGUGAGUGCAAAUACAAAUACAAAUACGAAUACAAAUAUUGCGUCCCCAAGUGGGAAAGUUUCAGCACGUACUACGACCUCAAACACAUCGAAGGAAGUGAACAUACCGCGUAGUGGUAAAACUUCUACAGAAAGCGGUGUUAGUGUUAGUGUUGAGCCCAAAACUGAUUUAUAUACCAUGGACUAUAAAGAUGUCCCUAUAAGCGGGAUCCAGCAACGUCACGGUAAACAACUAAGUCGCCGCGAGGACACCAACAUCGGUGGACUUUUGCUGGAUACCACCACGUUUAGCAGUAAAGACUCGAACAUUUCUAAAGCAGACCGUCUCGUCGUUAUGUCCACCGAAUUUUUCGUUGUGCCGUCCAGCACUCCUUUGCCGCGUAAUGCGGGGACACCUGUGCGUACAGGCGCAAAAGCUGCAGUGCUACCUGCUUACAUACAACCACCACCGGAGGGUGCGCCAACUGCUGGCCCACGUUCCGUGUUGAUAGUCGCCCCGAGACCGGCCAAUUCGUCGAACUCAGCGAAUACGCUUGGCGCUGGUGCGCCCCCUUCGAUAAUACCGACACACCUGCCAUUCACCGGGCUGCGCAAGGAGCCUUGGGUGGUACCAGUACUCGUAUUGGCAGCAUUAACUAUGCUAAUGAUGACCGCCUUCGAAAUAUUUGUGCUGUUUAAAGCGUGGCGCACUUCACCCUCGCGGCGCCAUCUCUUCCUCGGACAGAUGUUGCUGCUGGGUCUUUUUGCGUGCGCAGGUCUGGGUGCCGUACUGACGGCACAACCUUCGCUACUCAGCUGCGGUACUAUACGUUUUGGUGUAGGUGUCGCGUAUGCACUCGUUUUUGCCGCGCUGCUUGUAAAGUGCGUUUUUCUCAUCAGUCUCAAUGGGGGCGUCUAUUUACCAGCGCCCUAUCAAGGCUUGCUGCUACUCUUUGCUGUGCUUAUACAAGUCGCUAUAGGCACACAGUGGCUGCUAACACAGCCACCCGAGAUAUAUACACAGAGUGUGCCAAUUCUGGGAAAUAGUCUGCUAGCGCCCACAGUCGCUUCCAUCAGCGCCACCUCAGCUGCUCAUACUUUUGCAGCGCUUUUUCAACCACAGAACCCGACAAAUAUCAACGGACCCACGCCAGCUGCGAUGAGUUCGAAUCUUGGCGCUGACAUAUACGCUCGAAUCACCACUGCUGGUACGGUACUGAUACCACUUUGUAAAACACAAUUCUCGGAGCUGCUCUUCUCACUCAUCUACAUCGUUUUCCUGAUUGUUUUUGUCGCUGUGUUGGCCAUUAAAUCGCGCGGCAUACGUGACAACUACCGCGAAGCAACCUACAUUGGCUUGGCUAUUGGCGGUGCCAUACCCAUCUGGUUAGGCUGGAUGCUCUGCGGUCUGGCGGUAGCGGAUCGCCAUAAAGAUGCCUGCAUUGCCUUCGGACUGAUAGCCACAUCGGCAACUGUAUUCCUUGUGAUGUUUAUGCCGAAGGGCAGACAGCUGGCUGCUAUGGGCAAGGAGGGCCUCUAUGUGGAGGAUCGCGAGGAGCAAUUCAGCUCGCUGAGUCGUGCUGGCUCUGGCUACUCCCCCUCGUUUUUCCACUUCAAACCAAUCAAGUAUGGCGUGAUGGGCGGUGGCAUGCAGAACUCGGCGACGAAUACGGGGAACGGCGCCAGUAUGAAACACUGCUCGAAUGGUCUAGGUGGAGGAGAUCGCGUUGCUUUGGUCACCGCUGCACCACCGAGCUAUACACGUAUGUAUCACUAUUUUCCAGCACAUUUAUCAGCGCACCCGUUUUGUUUUUAUCCACAACCCCCACCACCACCACCACCGCCACCAAUACCACCGCCAACGCUGACACAAUUGCCCUCACCACCGACCCUCAAACAAUUGGGCAAUUCAUUGUCGUCAAUGACACAAGCACAUAUCGCACAGACACUCCGGUAUCCAGGUCUAUUUAUACGACCCGAUGAGACCAAUCUUUACACGACGUUGGAACCAACAUUAAGCAGCAAUCCAAACGUCUACUUUCAACGUGGAGGAGCGGUGCAUCCCGGAAUGAUGUAUUAAGGACGCAUCGGUGGAGUUCUUUUCUUUAGGCAAAUGCUUGAUAAAAGAGAAGAAUUGAAGCAGUUGAAAAUAGGGUCGGCAGGCUGGUGGUACAACAAACAGCAACAGCCGAGCGCACUCGUCGUACAGCCGAGCACUGAGCAACUCAAAGUAUAAACAAAAGUAUAACUGAAAUGCAAUAAAAGGAAAUGCUAAGCUAAGUUAUGAAACAGCAAGAGAUUAAUUUUAGUUUUUAGAUUAAAAUAAAAAUCUAGCAUUAAUAUUCCUAUUCUAAUGAAGCUCACAAAGCUUAAAGUGUCACUGCUCUACGUGCUUCUACGCCUAACCAGCUUUGCUGCGAGAGCUACACUUUUAAAGCUCUAAGAAAACUAGGAAGUUUUCAAAAACUUCCUAUACACCUUGGGCCAAGUUGGAGCACAGUUUUAGGUGCAAAAGUCAGAAUUUUUUGAGAGUUUUCAGAGCGUUGUUAGACGACGAUACACUUUACAAACGCAAACAGUUUUUAGUUAUAAGAAAUCCAAGUGCACAUCAGCUCCUAGGGAGUGUAGUUUGUUAG